CCGCGCGGCAUUGUGGGCCUUUGGCGGAAAGAUGGCUCCCCUCAGCCGGGCGCUGCUCGCCGUCCGUACUUGGAGCCGCUUUUGCGCCGGCCGGCGGGCGCUUUCCGACGGGCCCAGCGCCACCUCGGGAUGGAAGCUCUACGGGGCGCUUUGCCUGCAGCGGAGGCCGCUCCUCGCGCAGCUGCCCAGCCCGGAAGAGGAGGAAAUGGCCGAGCUGACCCAGCAGAUAGAGGUAGAGAAAAGCUUGUAUUCAGACCAUGAACUCAGAUGUUUCGCAGAGGAUGAGCUUCUGCGUGAAAGGAAUAAAGAAAAAUACGAUAUUCCGGAGAAGGUUGUCCUGGUCCAAGAUAUUGAAGAUGCAUGGGAACAGAAGUUUCAGAAGUUCAAACCUGCCCCACGGAUAACAGAGGCUGACCAAAAUGAUGACCGGACCUCUUUGAACAGGAAGUUGGACCAGAAUUUGAUGCUGCUGGUUAAGCAGAAAUUUGGAGAGGAAGAUAUAUGGCUGUUGCCCCAGACAGAAUGGCAACAAGGAGAGACGUUGCGAAACACAGUAGAACGGGUCUUAGUUACCCUUCCAGGAAUCCGGAUGCAGGCCAAGUUCCUAGGAAAUGCACCCUGUGGCUUUUACAAGUUCAAGUUCCCCAAGGCCAUCCGCAGCGAGACCAACCCUGGAGGAAAAGUGUUCUUUUUCAAAGCCUUCUUGGAGGGCAACCCCCAGCUUUCAUCCAAGGAGACAGUGGACUACUUGUGGGUCAGCAAAGGAGAGCUGGGGGACUACUUGAAACCUGCCUAUCAUUCCCAGGUUUCUCGGUUCUUAGUGGAUAUCUGAAUCCUAAAGCUACUAUUCCUCUUCUGUUCAGCAUCAGGGUGGAAAGUAAUGGGAGUGCCGUCACUUGAGUGGAGGAGACGGCACCACGUGCGCUUUGUAUGUGUAGAAGCCACGUUGGGCCCAGGAUAAUAAGGAUAAUAAAAUAAAUGCUAAACAAGCAAGCCAAGAAAUGGCAACAUCUA